AACUCAUCAUCUGAUUGGCUCGCUUCUGAUCGGCUCGACAGCUGAUUGGUUUGCUGUUGUCCCAGCGCUCUCUGCUGCCCCCUGCCGGCGCUGCCCGCGUGUCGAGCGGAGGUCGCGCGCGGCACCUGCUUGUCUUUCUGAGUGAGUGUCUGCUUUGGACCCUCCGCGCCAUGGAGCCGCUGGGCAAAAACAUGCUGAGGGUGGAGCCUGAAAACUUCAUCGACAUUCUGGAGGAGAGAAGGCGAGGCAGUGACUUAAGUUUCGCCUUCAGGACGUUUAGCCCUCAGCCGUAUUACGGGGUCACUCCCCCCUCCGCUAAAGUCCUCAAUAGCAUGGUGAUGGAAUCGCAGUACCUGCGCUACAUUAUCUCAGAGAUUGCUGUGGAGUCUGGCGAGCCCUGUGAGGGUGUGAAGGAAGAGGCGAUGGGGCUUCUGGAGGAGAUGGGUCAGAACCUGCAGCUGGGCUUCAUUCGUCUGCUGGGCUUCGCACUCAGUAAAAUCUUUAAAAGAGUGUUCAGCUCCAUCCAUGUCAAUGAGGACGGACUGUUGCGGCUCCAGCAGGCCAUUCAGGAGCAUCCUGUUAUUCUGAUGCCCAAUCACAGGAGUUACAUCGAUUUCUUGGUUCUGUCCUACAUCAUGUUUACCUAUGACCUUUCCAUUCCUGUCAUCGCUGCUGGAAUUCCCUUGAUGGGGAUGUCUCUUGUUGGUGAGAUCUUAAGACGGUCUGGAGCGUUUUUUAUCCGACGUGCAAUUGGCUCAGAUAAGCUUUACUGGGCGGUUCUCUCAGAAUAUGUCAGGACCAUAGUGCGGACAGGUUAUGCUCCUGUGGAGUUCUAUGUGGAAGGACUGCGCAGCAGGACCCUCAAGUCUUUGACACCAAAGCUUGGUAUGAUGCAGAUGGUUUUGGAGCCAUUCUUUACAGGAGAGGUGUACGACGUCAGUCUGGUUCCAGUCAGCAUCAGUUAUGAUCGUGUUCUGGAAGAAACACUGCUUGCACACGAGCUGCUGGGCAUCCCUAAACCCAAAGAAUCUACAACGGGUUUGCUGAAGGCUCGGCGGGUUCUGGAGGAAGACUAUGGUUGCAUGCAUGUGUGUUUUGGAAAGCCUGUGUCUGUGAGAGCGCUGGCCCAGGGAAGGGUCAACCGUGGACAGUUCAACCUGGUGCCCAGAGACUUGCCACUGAAUCUAAGUGCAGAGCUGCAGCAGUUUGUGAACGGUGUGGCCCACCUGUUGGUGCGGCUGCAGGAGAAGAGUAUGGUCCUCAGCCCCUGGAGCCUCAUGACUUUCAUUCUUCUCCAGAACCCUGAGGGCAUGGACUGGGACCAGCUUACUCAUAAAACCCUCUGGCUGAAGACCCUUGCCUUGCAUUUCGGAGCCCACCUCAACUGGUCUGCUCAGAGAAGCAAUUCAGAGGUAAUGUCUGAAAAUGUGGCUCUUCAUCACUCUAUUGUGCGGAUUGAAAAGGGGCGUGUCCAGAUGGUUGAAGAGGCGGGGCCAGGGCCUGUGACACAAGAGGAGGCAGUGUUCAAGCGAGCAGCUCCAGUGCUCAUGUGCGCCUCCUACAGGAACCAAGCUCUGCACGUUUUCUCAAGGACUGCGUUAGUGGCUCUCGCAAUGACGACAGCAGUUAGUCACAGGAAAGAAGACAUCUUCAGCCGCUUCUGCUUCCUGCAAGAGCUCUUUGCUAACGAGUUUAUCUUCAUGCCCGGCCAAGCAGUAGAGGACUUUGAGGAGGGCUGUGUUGGUCUGCAGCAGUGUGGGGUGAUAACCAUCACAGACCAAGGUCUGAGUGUGACUGAGGAAGAGCACGAAACCAUCGUCUUCCUCACUGCCAUUCUACACCCUUUUCUGGAAACAUAUGAGGUGGUGUGCAGAAUUCUGUGUGAAGAGAAAUUUGAGACUUUUACAGAGAAGAGCUUCAUAUCUGCAGUUCGUGACGUCCUCCUCAAACUCCUGAUCUCAGGUGAGGUUCGGUCGUGUGAGUGUUUGUCCUCAGACACACAGAAGAACGUGCUGUCAGCUCUGCUCAGGAUGGGGGCUGCAGCUAAAUCAAGAGUAGCGGAGCAGAACGAGUACAGGGUGAACCGAGCUGCAGUGAGGAGAAUAUGGAAAACACUAGGUGGUGGAGAGACUCCUCAGAUGAUGUCGUACUCCAGGCUGUGAUCCAGUCGGAGGAGCUGGAGUAGAGAGCUGCUGUAUGGAGGGAGAGAUCCAGCUGUAGCCUCGCGUUUCCAGUAACCCGGUCCAGUGGACUCCAUUUUUUAUGAGUACUUGGUUUUACUUUAUGGUGACACUAUUUUUGUUUUACUUACUUUUAGGGAAAUCUAAAUGUUAAUUUUCUACUAAAUAUUUGCCUAAACCUAAUUUUGAUCAUCAACAUAAACCUAAAACUGUGGUUAAUUAGCAAUUUUAGCUGAUAGUUUAACAGUUUGAGCAUUUGUUGAUAGACUGUAUGGAACUACCAACAAGUACAAUUAACCUUAAACUAACUAGAAUCAGGUGCUUUAGAGCAGGAAAAUCAGUUUAACCGUCCUCAUCUCAGAAACUGCCAUUUACAAAACAGGAAGAAUGCGUCGUCCUGCCAAAUAGAAGCAGUUUUUAUUAUUUCUUUACUAUUGUACUACAGUUUUACCAUGCUAGCAAAGUACCAUGAUGAAUAUAAACAUGCUACAAAAGUUAGUUAUGUAAUUAAUAAUUUGCUGCAAGCGUAGAACAAAUUCAUAGUGUUACAUUAAGUAUAGGUACAAUUCAUACUGCUGUAUUCUGAUUCUCAGGUGUAAAUAUGUUGAUUGUAGAUAGAAAUUUAUAGAUAGUAAUUUAAUGGAGCAGGCAUUAGGCCACUGCGGUCAAACUGUGAAAUAAUAUGAUUUAUGACUCAUUAAUGAAACAUGAGCAGAACAGUUUUGCACAUAAUUAAUUCGCAAACUUUUUUUCUUAUUUACAAUUCCUGCAUGUGUAUAAACAAACUUUACACUUGCUUCUGACUGCAGAAAAAGUGUUAUUUGACACAGCUGCACUUUAAUUCACGUAUUAACUAAAGAAAUAAAUAAUAUUUUGGAAAAUAAAAAGACACUCAACAAGCAAAAAGUGGUCUGUAAAGAGCAUUUUAAAUAUGGUCAGUUAGUUAAUUCAUUUAUAAUUUAUUCACUGUAAAAGAGUCCAGGGUCUGUAAAAGCCCCCAGUGGAACUGGAUGGUCUUGUCUGUUGCUGGAUUUAGCAGACAGAGCUCUGCAGCGUGAACUUUAGACUGUCAAGAUCUGUUCUUUUGUAAAUAUUCAGUAUUUUAGAGCCGGUUUUGAAAAGGAAGUACAGUCCCAUGCUAUUCCUGUACAGAUACAGGUGUUUAGGAAAUGCUUGGCUUGAUAAGGUGAUUUCUGACAGAUUAGAAAUUUGAAAUCUCAGCUCUCAAAUAAAACACAUCAUGGCCAGGAGUUUUAGAUGGCAUAACCUGUCUAUUGCCUCAGCUUUAUGUUCAUGUGUGGCUCUGGGGCGCUCAGCUCUGUUGGUCAGUGCUUUUCUGUAACCAACUAAAUUUACUAAUUAGAAAUGCUGUCUGUAUAUUUUUGGACAUAUAUCUCCCAUAGAACCCAUAGUGUACAUAUAGUAACAAUAGUAUUUGGAGCCUGUAUACACUGUAGCACCUUACUGUAGUUAAGAUAAUUCUUUGAUUUUGUGAGAGAGAUAUGUGGCUUUUGUUGCUUAAUUUUUACCAUUGUGAAUUCAGACAUUUUACUUUUCUAAUUAGGGGUAUUUUUAUAUUGACGCUCUCCAAAAAAAAGCACAGUAAAAACCCUUUUACACACCUUUCUAAUAUGGUAACUUUACAGGUGAAGGCAAAUGCAUAUCAUAUAUUUCUUUGAUUUUCACCAAAUUAUAAACCUCUGGAAUAUAAUCAAGAUGAAGAUGGAUGAUCACAAGUCAUCAAACCAAGCUGAACUGCUUGAAUUUUUGCACCAGGAGUAAAGGCAUAAAGUUAUACAAAAGCAGUGUGUAAGACUGGUGGAGGAGAACAUGCCAAGAUGCAUGAAAACUGUGAUUAAAAACCGGGUUAUUCCACCAAGUAUUAAUGGUAUGAAUAUUAAUUUGUUUUCUUUGCAUUAUUUGAGGUCUGAAAGCUCUGCAUCUUUUUUUUAUUCUUUUGACCAUUUCUCAUUUUCUGCAAAUAAAUGCUCUAAAUGACAAUAUUUUCAUUUGGAGUUCAGGAGAAAUGUUGUCUGUAGUUUAUAGAAUAAAAAAAACAAUGUUCAUUUUACUAAUUUACAUAUGUAAUAUUUAGUAUAUAUAGAUACAUUCUAAUGCUGCUCAAAUUCUAAUUGUCCACUAUAAAGUGUAUAAUUCAGAGAGUGCACAAUAACCCCAUAUCUUGCGUUUACUGGUAAUAAACUCUAGGUCAUAUAGUUUGAAUUGGGAAAAGUAAACCACUAAGCUAAAAUGAUCACUGUAUAUGUAUAUGUCGUAACAUAUAUUUUGUCUGUAAUUUUACAUGUUGUUAAAUAACAGGGUACCAUAAAGUGUCAGAAUUAACAUUAGAAAGUCUGAGUUUACUAAACACCCUUAACACAAUUUGAAGUGUUUAAUGAUUUAGCCAUGCAGUUAGCACUAUAUUCACAGUCCUCCAGCACCUGUUAGCUACAUUAGCUUUGUAGCUCAUGUAUAAAACUAAGGAAACAAACCUUUCCCUGUUAUUCCAGAUAUACUUGGCCAGACAAAAUGUGAACUUCUUUAGUUUUGCACAUGAUUAUGUGUACUAUCACUGUUUUAGCUAUCCAGUGUGUAUUUUAAGAGACAUGUUAGCCUCUCAGCUUUAGCACAAAAUAUAUGGUAUGGUGUGUGAUCAACACUUGGGAUAUCAACUCUUUUUAUACCAUACUACUACUGCUUAACAUUGGUUGAUAACUGUCGAACAAAUAGUUUAUAGAUCAUUUGAAAUAAAAGCCAAAACAAGUUGUU